AUGCACAGCAUCAAUGCGGUGACGCAGCAGCAAUUUUCCGAAGCUGUGGCUGCGAGACAGAAAUUUUUGAGCGCAUUUAUGCUGGCCCUGGAUUGGACGGAAAGCCCUGGCUCAGUGUGUCACUUGGAAGAUGCGGAAGAUGGCUGGCUGGUGGUGGCAAGCGGGUUGCGAUUGGGUCACAAUAUGAAAUAUUUGUUUCUCAGGUCAUAG